AUGGCGGAGGGUGGCAAGCACAACCUGGAGCGGGCGUGGACGCUGUGGUUCGACGACCAGAACCAGGGGGGCAGGAAGGGCGCGAACGAGUGGGGGAGCACGCUGAAGCCGGUCUACAGCUUCCGCACGGUGGAGGACUUUUGGUGCCUGUACAACAACAUCGUGCAGCCGAGCCAGCUCGGCGGCCGUGCGGACAUCCACCUUUUCAAGGAAGGUAUUCAGCCGAAGUGGGAGGACCCGGAGUUCAAGAACGGCGACGAGCAGCAUGGCGGGAAGUGGACGUUCGUGGUGAAGAGCAAGACCAUGCUCGACGAGCACUGGCUCAACACCGUGCUUGCUCUAAUUGGCGAGCAGUUCAACGACACGGAGGAGAUCGCGGGCGCGGUGGUUUCGAUCCGUCCGAAGCAGUGCAAGCUCUGCUUGUGGACCAAGCUGGAGACGAACGAGGAGGUGCAGACGAAGAUCGGCAUGCAGUUCAAGGAGACGCUGCAGCUGGGCGACAACGACCGCGUCACCUACCAGUUCUUCGCGGACGAGAUGAACAACAUGCGCCGGGACGUGUACAUGACUUGA